AUGGAGUUUGAUAAUGAUCUUGGCAGGUCAGUCUGGGAUGAUAACCCAGAAGAAAACCCAUUCAAUGAGUUAAGUAGAACGUUUGCAAACCUGGGCAAACCGGCUGAUCAAGAGCAACCAUUUGAAGAGGAACAUGAACCGGAAGAAAAUGAAUCGACAGGCGAUGGCGUCAAUGAUGUGGGCAUCACCGAUAAGAACGGAUGGCAUGCUUCUAGCUAUCAGACACCGGUGAGAAGCAGCGUUUCUAAUGAUGAAUCUCCCUUGAAUUCUGGUCCUCUAUCCGCUAGCGAACCAAUUCUUGAGAGACACACUGACAAAUUAGAAUUGCUUGGUUCUUUAGCCCCUGAAGAAGAUCCAUUACAUGAGCUUACACAAACGGCUACUCUUCAGUCCCCAAAGAAAAGUGAUCCUUUAUUUAGUGGGUUAGAAAAAUCGCCAUUGCACAUCUUUGAUGAUAAUUCCACAGGCCAUAUCAGUUCACAACAUCAGCCUCAAAUGAAAACAAAGUCUGGGAAACUAAACAAGCUUUUCUCGAGCGCAAGGACUCGCAGGCAUCCUAUUAAACCAACACAAGAGAAAGCUUCGAUUUCUAUUCAUGACCCACUAGUAGAAAGCCUAGUCGAGAAAGAGAAAAAUGAACAGUUUGUUGAGGAGUCAUUGGCUGAUGACAAAGACGAAGGUAAGCUGUCAUUGGAACGUGAAAUGGAUUCACCUCUAUAUUUAAUUGCUGAGAGAAAGGUACCAUCCUACAUUCCGAAAACGAAUAGCACAAUGUCUAGCAGUAACACACAAGAGACAAUUGAGAAAUUCCAGAUUUCGGUCGUUGAUCCAAUGAAAAUUGGAGACAUUACGUCUGUCUACGUGGAGUAUACCGUCAUAAGCAAGUCUAAUUUACUAGAGGGCAAACCAACUAGAGUUAAAAGACGUUAUAGAGACUUUAGAUGGCUUUACAGGCAACUACAACACAACCAUUGGGGUAAAAUAAUACCCCCACCUCCUGAAAAACAAGCGGUUGGUAGAUUUAAACAAGAUUUUAUUGAAAAUAGAAGGGCUCAGAUGGAACGAAUGCUCCAACAUAUCGCUAGUAAUCAUGUGCUUCAGAAGGAUGAAGACUUUAUACUAUUCUUGACUUCAGAGAAAUGGAGCCAAGAGUCCAAAGUAAGAGAGCAGAUUUCAGGUUCAAAGGCCUCUCAUGAUAGUAAUGAUAUUUCUGAUAUUCAUAUCUCUGAAUUGAAACUCCUUGGUUCUGAGGAUGCAGAAAGAGUCUUGAAGAAUGGUGGAUUAGAUACAGAGACUGGAGGAAGUUUUAUGGGACUAUCCUUUGCAACUGCUCCAAAAUAUAAGGAGCCUGACCAAUUCUUUGUAGAUGCUGCUGAAAAAAUGGAUAUAUUAGAGGAGCAAUUGAAGCAGUUGUACAAAGCUUUGGAACUGGUCGAUUCUCAAAGAUCAGAUUUGUGUUCGGUAAUUAAUGAGUUUAGUGAAACUUUGAAAGCACUGGCUGAUUUGGAAUUAUCGAAUCGAACAUCAGAUCUACUUCAAAACUUUGCGGAAGUCCACCUUCGUAUAAAAGAGUCUACUUCCAGGAGCUCAAUGCAGGAUUCGCUAACACUUGGCAUAACUAUCGAUGAUAAUCUCAGGGCAAUAGGUAGUGUGAAAGCCGUGCUAAAUCAAAGGAAAAAACUCGGUUACUAUAUUCUGCUUGUUGAAAACGACCUGAAUAAGAAGCAAACCCAAUUCAACAAAGUGUCAGGAAACUCUGCCAAUAGUGAAAAGGCCACCUCAAUUGAAAACGAACUUCGCAUCCUCACAUCCCGAUGCAAUAAAAUAAAACAGGAAUGGCAGACAAUCGCUGAAGUUAUAAGAAAAGAUGUUAACCAACAUGACGUCGAUACAAUUGAAGAUUUUAGGAAUAACAUGGAAAUAUACCUUGAGUCAGCCAUUGAAAGUCAAAAAGAGUGCAUUGAAAUUUGGGAAACGUUCUACCAGAAUAAUCUAUAA